AUGGAGAUCGCCGCGGCAGCUCUCGACCGCAGUGUGCGCGCUCUUUUCACGCCCAGCACCGCCGCCACCACGAGCUCUUCUCCUCACCCACUAUGCGAAUGUAUCCUAGAGCAAGCACCGCCUCCUGAUUGGCAGUAUUUGCGUCGUUUUCCCGUGCUCAAGCACCACGUCUUGCGUCAGUUUCGGUCCGUCGCCCGUGAAGUCGAACUUAUGCCCCAAACGCCUCGGAAACGAAAGAAACAAAGCACGUGGCAACAAAGCAGUGAUCUUGACGAGUACAAAGCCGUUUGUUUGGCGUCUUUGUGUCAAAAAUUGGCUCAAUGCCAGCUAUUUACCCUCGACAGUGCUGACUUGCUGGAAAAAGUCGUUUUGCUCGAGUCUCUCGACGUUCUACGACGAGUUAUUGGUGGGAAAAUACUGCCACUAAGAGCUCGGAUGUUGCUGCUGGGGUGGAUAUUGCAGAGUCAAGUGAGAACGGGUGUGGAGACUGCAGUGCAACGCUGGAUCCAAGAAGUCUGUGAGAAGCUACUGGAAGAAGUGAUGGAGGUCGCAGCCACUGGAGGAUCAGGUGAAGGACUUCCUUUGAAACGAGUGAGGACGAGAGCGGAUUGUGGUAAGCAGGAAAUGGAACGACAAGAAAGCAGCAGAGAAAACAGGUCGUGUCGCUUUUGUCGAGACGGAGCAAGCUCCGAUAUUUUUUGGUCAAAAUUUGGAAGUGGUGAGUUUCUAGUUGAGUGUACACAACGGGCCGCUCGUGUGCUGGAAAAGGCUGGAGAGAGUUACGCGACGAGCAAGGCGAUGGUCGCAUUGUCUGCGUUCUGGGAUGUGCUGCCGACUGGUGAAGUGACAUCAAGUAGAAAGACAGGUCGAAGCCGAAAACGUUCAGAGAUAUCUUCGAUGAUAACCGAAACGACUAUCGAGCCAUCACUGACUGUGUUGGCAUAUCAGAAGAUUGGCAAGACCGCUGCAAGGUCGUCAGCGAAUGAGACGCGUGCUUUCCAGACGAUGUGGACGAGCGUUUGGGAGCGUGAAUUGAAGCACACGACGCAAAUAGGGCGCAUCACGCUGGGCGAUGCUGUUCGUCACUGCUCAAAAGCAGACGCGUUUGCAAGUAUGCUUUUGCUGCCUAAGGCAAGGAUGCAAGUCACUCACUUACCGGGGUUUUGUGUCGUUCUGGGUGUAAUCGAGUCAUUGUCAGUUGAUGUAUCGAAAAUCAUCAGCGCGUUUGCGCUCGUGUGGAAUAGUUCCGAUAGCGGAUCUUUUCAACGACUGACCACCCUCACAAGAACCUCGGUAUCGUCGACAAGACGCAUUUUGCGGUCGUAUGUAAGCGAAUUAUUGAAGUCUCGAAGCUUCCGGUAUGCAACAAUUUCAUCUUCCUCAGACACGUCUUCUGCAUGGAGUAGAACAUCUCCAUUGGGGCUUCUCUAUUCGCUGUUUGAGAUUUUUUCCGAGCCCGGGCCAAGCAAGCAGCAAGACAGCUGCUACUUUAGACAAUGGGACGUUUUCAUGAGCCAGGCUAGUAUCGAAGUCUCGGGAAUGGAUUCUGUACAAAAUGGGAUCACCUGGUGCCUGUUUCUCGAAAAGUGCAUGCUCGGUGUUGGCGCAAAAGCGUUGACGACUUCGCAUCGUGACAUGAACUUCUUGCGAUCAUUUCAAGGAUACUGCAAUGCUAUCAUGUAUGGAAUCCUUGUGACUGGCGGUGAAGUGAUUUCAAGUGGUGACUCGAUCCAACGGCAGCUUAUUCGUGAGGAGGGGGAUCGCCAAGUUGUACGCCGAUUACUCGUGCAGAUGAUGACCACUUUCGAGGAAACUUGGACCAUUCAUCUCAUUGUUCAAUUGCUGCGAGCUGGUGCAAGCGUCCAAUUGUCUAGCAAGAUUGAUCAGCGAGGUGUGAAGCACCUGCUUUUCCCAGCCCUCGUCUCGUUCAUGAAAUCGACCAGUAAAGCUCACCUGAAUGAAGGGAUGACAAGGCAACAGCAAUUUGCUACUAUCGCAUGGGAUGUCUACCAAAGCUCGCAUACUAAGGAAGCACCCACUCGAGCCAACAGAUGGGGCUUCCGCGCCAUGGUUCAGCUGGACAUUAUGCCGGAACUCCUCGAGUGUUAUAGCAGAGACAAAGUGAUACAUGGAGAAACUCGAGCAACCCUUGAAUUCGUGUCAGAGGUGCUACAAAGUGCCCUGCACUGUCCACCGAUGCUUGAAGUGGGGCUUCUCAAAUUUCUAUCAGCUGUCAAAGCACGUACGGAACAGGACUCGUCAAUCACGUCGAACCCGCUUGAGCAAGAGCUUGUAUCGCAUUCGAGCAAUGUGCUUCAGCGUCUCCUUCGUGCAGUCAGGUUCGCUGACCUUGAACAAACGUACCAGCUAAUGAGUCAAAUAAAAGACACCGUAGGGACUCUUGGAGAGUUGAGGCAACAACUAGAGCGAUGGUUUUCUUUUGUCGAGGUGAAUGGCGCAGCUUUUGUUGGCAAAGAAUCUCGACUGGAGCUCUCGGUCUUAUGUACCAGACUCAUCCGAUGGUUUCCAAACGAGUUUGCAAACAUGCGAUUCUUGCUCAUGACUUCGCUCGAUUCUCACCUGGUCUUCGCUUUGAAAGCAUUUGUCAAAGAAGCUGGAAAGCUCAGCGAUCAGGCACAUCGGUCUGUCUUGAGCUCUGCAGCAACCUCUUUGUUGACGUCAGCCGUUCGGAUCGAAAUGGCAUUGCAUUUGUACCUCUCUGCAGCAGCAUUUCCUGACCUCGAGACACUCACUGUCUUGCUGAUUAAAGCGGUCGUCAAAUGUCGUUCGCCUGACGCAUUCGACCACCUGGCGAAGGUCGUCCAAAAGAAUGGCCGCAUGUUGUUGCCUGAAACUGCAGUGGCGACACUAAGUUCCCCACUCCGUGGAUUGGAAUUCCUGAAUUGUGACAUCCAGCAAGAUGAAGACGAUGACGAUGGACGAAUGGCAAGUCUCAAGUCUCAGCGAGCCAAGUCGAUUAUUUAUCAGGAGAACACGCUAAAGCUCUUGGCCAAGUCGGCAUCGAUCUUUGAUGGCGGACUUUCGUGGUCGGCAGCUUUAUUUAGUGCGCAGUCUGCUGUCACUUGGCUGCCCAGCCUGUUCGACUAUGUAUUGCAGACAGACUUUUGUGACGGCGCUCGUCGAGCUGACUUGCUGUUUAAAUGUCUGAACGAUCUAAAACGACAAACCGACGGUGGCGAGAGAGUGCUUCGGAACGCAUACUGGAUAGCUGCAGUACUAAAUACAGCUUUGGUCUCGUGUUCAAGUCGGAUCGCUGGUGCAUAUGCGGAUCUGGAUACAGAUAUUCGUGAUCGAUUGCUUGCAGUGACUGGAGAUGUGCUGCAGCUUGUAUCGAUUGGUACCAGCACGGCAAUGGCACAAACAGAUUGCAAUAAGAGCGGUGCUACCGUUCGCCUUGACGAGAUACUGGGUCUGCUAGGUCUAUCGAAGUUUGCAAGAUUGGUCAUUGCUGACCAUUGCGCAAACUGGUCCUGUGAGCGUCUCAUUAGUGACAAAGCUUAUCGCGCGUUGCAGACUGUUGUGUCAUCAGCUUGGAAUGCUGAAACGAGACGAUCACAAGACACAAAAGCGGUGAUGCCCGCAGUACAGCUCUUUGUACCUUUUGCUAACUGGUUGAAAGCAGCUUUGGUGUAUUCGCAGUCAUUUUUGGUGGGACCUUCCGCAAGGAUCAGGCGGUGGGAGCGCACCUUCACGAGCUACGUGACGGAUUUGUACUUGCAUCUCGAAUUCGAAGACGUCAGUUGCGAUCUGCUGCGAACAUGGCUAACCACGUGGAUCACUUGCAAUAUUGCUCGAGGACAAGAUGAGGCACAGCUUCUAGCACUACUGCCGUCACAAGUCGCUUUGUUUCGCCGCCUAGCGUUGACUUCGUACCACGAGUUACCGCCACGUUGUGAACAAAACAGAGCGUCCACGUCAAUUUGGCGACUGGUUUUCGUCGCUCUCACUCUCGCCGUAGACACGUCUGAAAACCCUGCAGAGAUUGACCAAGCUGCGGAGCUCAUUCUUUACACGCUGACGACCCUGGAACUCGUGGAACUGUCUGCAUCCUCGGAUUUCUUGCAAUUCAGUUGCAUAAAGGAUGUCGAACCGUUUUUCCAAGAACUGAAGCGAUUCCUGUGGCAACUUCGUUGUUGCGCCUGUAGUACUGCUCAAAUGUGUUGCCUACUGCAAUACCCCCUCGAGCUCCUAGUGUGUUGCUUCGUUUGCAAGAUCCCGGCGCAUUUCAAGUCAGAGUCCCAGCAAUUCCUCCAGCGUGUCCGAGAUACACUUUCAACAAACAAUGAAGACGUCAGCAACGUUCGAGAGUCUCACGUUGAAGGUGGAAAGUCGAUCGGACUAGAAUCGUCAAGCAAAGAAGACUGCGACACGGAAGACACCGCCUGCCAGUCACAAGCAACGACCUUGGAGUUAACAGAGGUUGAAGACUUCUUCCACUUGUGGGCAGAUGAGAUGUUUCUCAAGUACGACUACUUCGACCAAGAGCGCUGCAUAGCUGUUGUGGAGGUCAUGCAAGCAGCAAUGGUGCCUGGACGGUCGAAGAAACGAGAAACAGACUGA